CGGAGAGCAGCGGGCCUCCAGCCGCCCAGCCCCGCACACCCCUGCAGUCUUCGCUCCUGGGCCUUGGAGGGUAACUCUCUCCCGCCGGCUUCCCCGCGCGUUUGCAUUGCCCGGCACUUGCAAGUGGAGAAGCAGCCCAACCCUUUAUCUUGGGUGAUUGCUAGUGGAGAAGCUCUGACAAUUUAGCAGACGGGCUCCUGGGCCUCUCGGACCCUUACCACAUCCUUCAGCGCCCUUCAGGAGCAGAGCGCCUUUGGGAAACAGAUUCCUAAAAGUGCAGGUGGGCCAGCCAUGAGAGGGUACCUUGUGGCCAUAUUCCUGAGUGCUGUCUUUCUCUAUUAUGUGCUGCAUUGUAUAUUAUGGGGAACAAACGUCUAUUGGGUGCCACCUGUGGAAAUGAAGCAGAGAAAUAAGAUCCAGCCUUGUUUAUUGAAGCCAGCUUUUGCCUCUCUCCUGAGGUUUCAUCAGUUUCACCCUUUUCUGUGUGCAUCUGAUUUUAAAAAGAUUGCUUCCUUGUAUGGUAGCGAUAAGUUUGAUUUGCCCUAUGGGAUAAGAACAUCAGCGGAAUAUUUUCGACUUGCUCUUUCAAAACUGCAGAGUUGUGAUCUCUUUGACGAGUUUGACAAUGUGCCAUGUAAGAAGUGCGUGGUGGUUGGUAAUGGAGGAGUUUUGAAGAAUAAGACAUUAGGAGAAAAAAUUGACUCCUAUGAUGUAAUAAUAAGAAUGAAUAAUGGUCCUGUUUUAGGACAUGAAGAGGAAGUUGGGAGAAGGACAACCUUCCGACUUUUUUAUCCAGAAUCUGUUUUUUCAGAUCCCAAUCACAACGAUCCUAAUACUACGGCAGUUCUCACUGCUUUUAAGCCGCUUGAUUUAAAGUGGCUGUGGGAAUUGUUGACGGGUGGCAAAAUAAACACUAAUGGUUUUUGGAAGAAACCAGCCUUAAACUUGAUCUACAAACCUUAUCAAAUCAGAAUAUUAGAUCCUUUCAUUAUCAGAAUGGCAGCUUAUGAACUGCUUCACUUCCCAAAAGUGUUUCCCAAAAAUCAGAAACCCAAACACCCCACAACAGGAAUUAUUGCCAUCACGUUGGCCUUUCACAUAUGUCAUGAAGUUCACCUUGCUGGUUUUAAAUACAACUUUUCUGACCUCAAGAGUCCUUUGCAUUAUUAUGGGAAUGCCACCAUGUCUUUGAUGAAUAAGAAUGCAUAUCACAAUGUGACAGCGGAGCAGCUCUUUUUGAAGGACAUUAUAGAAAAAAACUUUGUAAUCAACUUGACUGAAGAUUGACUCUACAAACUCAGAAGAUGAUGCUAACAGUAUUAGUUUUAUUUUUAUAUGGCAGUUUUUAGUUUAUUUUUAAAUAUGUUGGAUGCACUUGUCAAAAAAUUGUGUAUAUUAAGUCUGUUGCUGCCUGGUGAUUCAUAACCACCAGCUUAAUUUCUGUGAAUAUAUUUAAUUUAUAAAAACCAAGAUAUGUUUAGUUAUCAGGGAAAGUUUUGAUUGCAUUGUUUUUAAAACAAGCUAGUUUUCCGAAGUGUUUCUAAACAUCUUUUUAUAUUGACUUCAUCUUAGACUUUUGAGGGGAUGUGACUUUCUAAUAAGGGGCUUUAGCUGACCAAUUUUUGAACACAUUUGGCUACUCUAAAUUGGUGGGGAAUGGCCAUGUGGUUGUGCCUUGAUACGGCAGACUGGAGCCACUUUCAGCAUGUAGCCAGAUGAUUGUCUUGUACCUGAGGAAACAGAUUUGAAUCUUAAAGCAGCCCUGAACACAGCAGUAGGUAUGGUUAUGGAAAUCUAAGAUCAGACUGGUUUCAUUAAGCUUUUUUUGUCUUGCAGUUAAGUAAACCAUGAUUGUAAUGAGUAAUCUGGAAGGUGUGUUUUUAAGGUGAAGGAAAUAGACUAAACAUGAAAUUCUGGACGAGUAAAUAAGCCAAGAAUGCCACUUACCAAAGCCUAGUGACUGCAUUAUUUUAAAGCUCAUACAAGGUAGCAGAGCUUGGCAAGCUCAAGGAAAGCAUUAUUAAAUUUUUUGCCUGGCCUAAUAUAUUAAAAUGUGAAAGUUUACUAUUGGAAUUAAAUUAGAAAAAAAUGAAGAUAAAUCCUUGAGACUCCUCCUCAAGCUGUUUCUGGAUUUAAAUGGGACUUUCACGAGAGAUUUCAACUUCAAAGGGGAAGGCUUACCUGGCUACCUAGGGUGCAUCAGAGAAGAGUCCUACUGGAUGCAAACAAGUCAAAACCAACCCUUCGAACAAAUGUGAGCUAGUGUCCCUUCUCAUUUAAUCCAGCCCAUGGCUAUGGGGAGGGAAAAAGGAAGAGAAGAGAAUUACAAGGAUGGAAUUAAAAAUUCUCAGAAGAGGUAAGAGUUGAAAGAACUGUUAUCUUUUUGAACAAUAAUUAUCACUGGGAGUCACGCUGGUGCUACUGGGAACCAACCAGCCUCUCUAAAGAUUAUGUCAAACGCAGUAUAAGAGGGGAGAAAACUCCUAGUUGAUGUAAGCCAGAUCUACACAUGAAACGUGGACACUGUUCUGUUAGCACCAGCACACUUGCACAGUACCAUGGUUUCACUGGAUUCCUCCAGUAACUGAGGUGGAAAACAUGGGUGUUCGUGUGACCCUGCCCUCCUACCACAUAGCCAGAGUUCGCUGCUAAAUUUCAGUCUGUGAACUAAUUUAGGCUUCAAAAAUGGAUGGUCCUGGCUGUAGUAAAAAUAAAAAACCACUGGUAGCAUUUUCAAAUGUUACUAUAAGGUUUAGAAUAAUGGCAGGAUAAUUUCUGACUGAUGCUAAAACUGAGAAGUCUGGCAUUUUGUGUAGUAUGAGAGAAGGCUACAAACUUCAACAUGGUUUUAUAUAAGCCCAAGGAAAGUCUCAGCAAGACACAUAUAUACAAUUUAUUAAAAACACAUGAACACAUUAAGAUCUCACUAUUUAUACAAUCUAGAUUCUAGCAACAUAUACACAUACUGAGUGACUACAGUACAUGCCGAGGUAAGAAAAGUACAUUCCGGAAGAAUAUCACUGACCCUCAAGCCAUUUUUAUUUCCAAUAUGUAUUUCAACAUGUUUUGUUUCCACCUUUCCCAGUGCCAAAAAAGAAAAAAAAACAAAACUAGUCAUAAAUUGGUGCCACAGUUGAGCUAAAAAGUAUGUUAAUAACCAUCCAACUCUUACUUGAUUUUGCAGUUCAGGGACUUAAAGUUCAUGGCAGAAAAGCAGAGCUAGAAGGCAGUUUUUUAAAGGUAGAGCUUAGUUAUCUCUCUUUAAAGGGUUUGAAAAGUUUUUGUCCCACAAUCUAUUAGUUCUGUCCUUUGACCUAUUGUUUCCAUAGCCCUUUUGCUCUCCAGGUUUUAAUGUGGGGCCAAGGCAAAGAAGUUCAAGCUUUGUCACCUUCUAUAGAAUUUUAGAUGAGUGCAUUUUCUGCUGGGGGCAGGGAGGGUAAGAGUAUACAUGACACCAUAGUUUCAGCUGCUGGAUAAAUUCUCUACACCAGCCUUUUCACCAGCAGAUAAACCCAUUGUUCAAUGCAAAGUGCAAAUAGUGAAACAUGAAUUUAAAUAACUGGACUAGACCCUACACAUACAAUAGGAUCUAUUUAGUGUUACAGGUUCUAAAAAAUAUAAAUCAGCAUUCACAAUAUCUUUAACUGGGCUGGUUCCCAAGAUCAUUUAACAGUGAAGUUGGUGUCACUUUAUGAAAACCUGUAAGGGCCCUACUUCGCUGUACCUCUGUUGGAGCCAAUCUUUAAAAUUGUGUUAACAGGAAAAAAAAAAAAUUAAUCCAAUAAACCAGACUGACUUAAAUCUUUAAGAUGUUUCAAGCAGGGAAUAAAAAUUGAAGAUAAUUUAGUAAAGAAAAAAAAGUUACUUUCACAUUUUCAGUUGAUUGUCUCCACAGCUGCAUCAGACAUAAAUGUAGUUAAAACCCAAAACAAAACUCAUACGAAAACAAAGGAACUAAAAGUACAAAAUCAGAAUAACCCUUUGUAUCAGGCUCAGCUCUUCAUUUAAAAAGUAAAUAUACAAAAGCAAUAAAAACUAUUUUGUACAAAAUCAUUGGUAGUUUAAGGACCGCACGGUGGCAAAAACAUGCAUCAUUUAAGAAGAAAACAUUUGCCUCUCAAAGAGUUCCAUGGGAAAAUCAGGUGCACAAAAUUAAAUGAAAACAAUCAUCUUUGGGAGAAUGAGAUAAUUUCUCUUAAAGCUUCUCAAACAGGCAUGUGAUUGGAGAAGUAUAUUCACUGUGUACUGAGGAUGAAUAAAAAAAUAAAUCGGUUUACUCUCUUCCCACCUGAAAGGGGAUGACUGCAUUAAUACACGUGCUUUACACAUUCAUGUCUUAAUAAAAGUUCAACAUCUGUGCUUGUUUCAAA